CCCCUCCUCGCCGGGCUCUGCCCGCCUGACGCCUCCCCCGUCCGGCGCGGCCAUGGCGGCCAAACGGCGGUAAGGCUGAAGGAGGUUGGGGUAUGGCGGGUCCCGGCGCGGCUCCUUCGCGCCUGGCUCUGGCCCUCGCCGCUUUAGCAGCUUUAUUCGCCGUGAAAUAUUAUCGAGACGCUGAGCAAGCCCGGCAGCAGGAGCUGGCACUGAAGUCUUUGGGGAGUGAGGGGCUGUUUCUCUUUUCUUCUCUGGACACAAACAAUGAUCUGUACCUCAGUCCAGAAGAGUUCAAGCCAAUAGCUGAGAAGCUGACAGGGGUUGUUCCAGUCUCAGAAUCUGAAGAGGAGGAGAUGCCUGAUCCAAGUGGGGAGACGUUGUCCAUUGUGGCCAAAUUCCAGCCCUUGGUCAUGGAAACAAUGACAAAGAGCAAAGAUGGGUUCUUGGGGAUUUCUCACGUUGCUCUGUCUGGGCUGAGGAACUGGACUGCCCCAGCAGCCCCUAAGAGUGUGAUGCUUGCCAGGCAGUUUAAAGCUUUUCUUCCUCCAAAGAAUAAACUGGAUCUUGGGGAUCCAUGGUGGAUAAUUCCCAGUGAAUUGACUAUCUUCACUGGGUAUCUUUCCAACAACAGAUUUUACCCUCCAGCUCCCAAGGGCAAAGAGAUCAUAAUCCACAAACUUUUGAGCAUGUUCCACCCACGCCCCUUCGUCAAAACUCGCUUUGCUCCCCAAGGAGCUGUGGCCUGCAUCCAAGCCAUCAGCACCUUCUACUACACCAUAGCCUUCAGGAUCCAUGCUGAGUUCCAGCUGAAUGAGCCACCAGACUUUCCCUUCUGGUUUUCCCCAGGCCAGUUCACAGGUCACAUCAUCCUCUCCAAGGAUUCUUCCCACGUCCGAGAGUUCAAGCUCUUUGUCCCUAAUAACAGGUCUCUGAACGUUGACAUGGAGUGGCUGUAUGGGGCCAGUGAGAGCAGCAACAUGGAAGUGGACAUUGGUUACCUGCCUCAGAUGGAGCUGGAAUCAACAGGGCCUUCAGUCCCAUCUGUGAUCCAUGAUGAGAACGGGAAUGUGAUUGACAGCAGGGAUCCCUCAGGGGAACCCAUUCAGUUUGUGUUUGAAGAGAUAACCUGGCAGCAAGAAAUCCCCUGGGAAGAGGCAGCCCGGAAGCUGGAAGUGGCCAUGUAUCCAUUUAAGAAGGUCUCCUACCUUCCCUUCACACAAGCUUUUGAGAGAGCAAAAGCAGAAAAGAAGCUGGUGCACUCGAUCCUGUUGUGGGGUGCCCUGGAUGAUCAGUCCUGCUGAGGUUCGGGGCGAACUCUCCGGGAAACGGUCCUGGAAAGUUCGCCCAUCCUCACCCUGCUGAACCAGAGCUUUGUGAGCAGUUGGUCACUGGUGAAGGAGCUGGAAGAGCUGCAGACCAACAGAGAGAAUGAGUUCUACAGCAAACUGGCUGACCUGCACCUGGAGAAAUACAGCUUCCCUGUGGAGAUGAUCAUCUGCCUCCCCAAUGGCACAGUGGUUCACCAUAUCAAUGCCAACUACUUCCUGGACAUAACUUCUAUGAAGCCUGAAGAUGUUGAAAGUAGCAUCUUCAGCUUCUCAAGCAAUUUUGAAGACCCCUCUACUGCAACUUACCUCCAGUUCUUGAAGGAAGGACUGCAAAGAGCAAAACCAUACCUGCAGACCUAAAAGCAAAGGCACCUGAAUGCCCCACAGACAUGGCCAAAGACUUCAGAGAUCUAUUUUGAUUACAGCAGUUCUUCCUCAUCUUCAUGGCAGAGCUUGAUGUGAUGCAGACAGUCCCAGGACUGGGGCUUUGCUCUGGAUGUUGGUUUCAGGCUAAGUUUCCAGUGAUUCCAGUUUACAAAACCUGCCCUUUUCAGUUCAGGCAGAUUUUUACAGGAGUGAAAAUACUUGAAACUAUAAACAUUCUCAGUGCCCACACCUUGGUUUGCCACUCACCAUCCUGUUUUUCCAGCUCCUGUUCAGACUCUGACAUGAAAUGUGUGUCACAGCUAUCCCAGGUGUCACCUGGAAGCUCUUGGAUCUUAAGGACUGGAUUUUGUGUGGAAUCACAGGGCUCAGCUUUGCUGAACACUCCUGGGGAGCAGAAUCCAGCACAGGAGGGAAGCUCCCUCCUGGUAUCUGCUGUCCUUCACCCCUCCUGCUCUGAGCUGCAAGCUGCCCUGGGGCUUACCUGCCAGAUCUUCACAAGGGCAUUUAUUGACAGUGGUGGCAACCAGUGCUUAACAGAACUCCAGCUGGUGAUGUGUAGACAUGAAGUUAGGAGCUUGAGCUCUGGUGUGGCCUCCUCCCAGCAGCCUGUGUGACCUGGAGGCAGAGUGGUCUCACCCCACAGGUUCCUUACAUCCACAGGAGGUGCUGAGGUUGACACAAUGAAAUCAGGAACACAGAGCAGGGCAUUAGAGGGAUGGUGCAGCUCAGAGACAUCAGGUGUGGAUUGACUCAGGGGGGAUUAGGGGUCACUGUUAGCUCCACCAGUACAGGCUCCAGGACAUGACAGUGACAAAAGCCCCCACCCCAUUCAGCCCAGAGCUUUGCUCUCCCAGUUGUCUCAGAGAUGAAAUGCUCCUCCAGUGUUCUCUUUGAGCUUCCAAGUUCCACUGGAUGAUGAACCACCAUGAAGUUCCCUUCAGGAAUGGGAGGUUCAGCAUUGCCCUGAGAGUAUUAAUUGGUUGAGAGAGAACUGAGCAGUUUUAAAAGCCAGCAGUACUCCAGAAAUUUUCCAGAGAUUUUUCCAAAGAAUUUGUUGGGACAGAAUGCCAUUGUCCCUUAUCUGUAACCACCCUGAGCCAUUGUUCUACUCUGUUCCAGUCCCUGGCUGCAGAGAAUGUACUUUGGGGAAGGAAAGGUUAAAUGAAAUGGGUUUUAAAGCAUAUUCCUGUAGAUAGGUGAGGAGACAAAGCAUCUGCAGACAGCCAUGGCUGAUGCUUUCUCUGCUCUCUGAAGCACAAUGUUUUGGACCAAAUCAACAAGGGGAAAAACCUGGGGGUUUUUUUUGUUUUUUUUUUUCAUUCUUUGUCUUCAGGACAUGGGAAGAACCUGGGGUGGUGAUUGUCCUGUCCCCUGCCCCAGCCUCCUGUCUGUAUCUGUGACUGGAGACUGAGUUUAUAUGGACCUUUGGGCUGAGCCAGUGUAGCUUCACUAAUUACUCUAGUGAGAUUAAUUACUCCUGGGAUGUUUCUCAGUAUUGGCUUCGUAACUAUGCAUUAGCUCUGCACUUUUCUUGCACUCCAAGGGGCCUGCAGGAAUGUCAGGCUUGGGUCUGGCAGCUCUUUCAGCUGUGGAAAGUGCCAAAGCCUCCAGGCAGCUUUAGAGACCUGUCCUACCAGUGGCCUUGUCCCUGCCAGGGACUUUGAUCUCAAUCCCUUCAGGGGAUUUUGGCCCAAGCAGAGAGCAGCAGAGAAGACCAAGCUGCAGUGUAGAUCUGUCCUGGCUUGUACAGAACUUCACAUGAGGUUUGGUUUUCUUUUGGCAGCAUCUUUCCUGAGCCCUACAGCCAGGGGCUUCAGCUUUUGGAAUGGUGUCAGUUGUGCUUGGGGGGAGAGUUCAUUCCGUUUUGUUCUCCUUCCCAGCAGUUCUGCAGCACAAGGGGCCAGAGAAGGCAGUGGCUGAGCAGGCAGAGAUUGCAUAUUGUCUUUCAAGGCUUAGAAGCAGAGGCACAGCAGUGGUUCUGCAGGGCCAGGAGAGCCUCUCUGCCCUGUGUGUCCCCCACACAGGAGGGUCAAUGCCUCAGCCUGAGCCCAGGCUCACACAGUACCUUGGGGAGCCCUGAAAAUACCUUGUUAUUUUCCUUUCCUGGGUUCUUGCAGCCCUGCCUGGAGCCACCUCUCAGGAUGAAGGGGAUUAUUUAGUCUGAACGAUGUCAGGAGGAGCCCAGACAGCCUCCCACAGGCUGGAGCUGUCUGAGGGAUCCAGGAGGGCAGGGGGGGGAUUGUGUCCCAUGAACUGCUCUGGGUGGGCUCCAGGCAAAAACUGUUGCCCGAGGCUUUUCUGAAUAGGUGCCAAGCUUUUUGUCUCCUGUUUGUACUUAAGUUUUGUCGAGAAGGUUUUGUGAUACCUCGAGGGGGGGGAGGAGGUGCUGCUUUCCCCCAGCUCCUGUACUUUGUGACGCUCUGAUCCAAAACUCAGGUGGGGUCAGAGCCGAUGUCUGUGCAGGAGGCUCUGGGGUUGGAGCAGCCCCGUGCGGUUCGGUGCCAUGAGGGGUCCUGGAACCCCGGCUGUAGCUGGGACUCGUUAAACCCAUCCCACUA